AUGAAAAAAAGCCAGACGGGCACCUUCAGCAGACUCUUCGGGAAGAAGCAUGCCAACUCCUCCAACACCUCGCUUUACGCCACCAACCCGCCUUGGAUUUUCACCCAAGAGGCGCCGGAAGCGAGCCGAAAUUUUGAUGGAAUCUAUUAUGGAGACAACCGGUUUGACAGCGUGAGUGAAUGUGGAAUAGCCACCCUGAAACCUCGGCCUAGAGUCCGCCCUCUGCUGACCUUCCUACCGCUGAAUGCCCAGGAGAACCAUGGGCUGGCUGUGCCCACCCCCUGUGUCCCAGACGACUUUGCAGACAAAGAUGUGACAGGGAACCUCGUAAAUGGCAACCUCCGCCUGUACAGCUCUGUGGGGGACCUAAGGCCUGGGCAGUAUGACCAUGACCCACUCAUCCCCCCACCUCCCCCUGGCCCGGCCCCAGGGCCACCCUCAGAUUUCUUGCAACCUCGAGGGGAGUCCCCACCCCCACCUCCACCUUCCACAGCUCCUCCUCCGCCUCCCCUGCUUCUGGAACCUCCACCUCCCCCCCCUCCUACCACUGCCCCACCUCCACCUCCUGUAUUGGGAGCCCUGUCCCCCCCAUCUACACCCAGCCCUCCUGACUUCAUUCCCCCAGCCCCACCCUUGGCCUCUUCAGCACGCCCACCUCCCCCUCUGCCAGCCCCAGCACCCCCAGCUCCAGUGUCUCCUCAUACACAGUCAGGACCAUACCUCUUUCCCCUUGGGGGAGCCUCCAAGUGGAAAUCAGAUGUAGCACUGAAUGGCAGGCUGACAGUGACUCCUCAAACCAGCCCCCCUAGGAGCCCUGUUGAGCCCAAGGGGAGCUCGCUGGGACCCAAGCAAGAGAUCCACCUCACCUUUCCCCGUUCGUUCAAGGUGCCUCCCCCAACACCAGUCAGGACUUCAUCUAUACAACCUCAGGAAACACGGGAGGCUUCCCGAGAGCAAGAGGGGGCCACUAAGAAGGUCCCUAAACGACUCCCACUGCCCCCCAGCUUCCACAUCCGCCCUGCAUCCCAGGUGUACCCUGACAAGGAGCCUGAGCCAGGCAGCCCAGUGGAGCUCAAAGCACCUACGCCAAGCAGCCCACGGCUGGAUCGGACCCAGACCCAGAUCCACACCCACACCCACACAGAUGAGCACACUGCGACCCCACCCUCAGCCCCUCCUCUGCCCCCUCCUGCACCCCCCCUCCCACCCCCAGCACCUCCUCUACCCCCAGCUGCCCCUCCUUUGCUUUCUGCUGAGAAAGUAUCUCCCCCACUUGCUGGAUUUUCAAAAAGCUCCAAACCCAGCUGUUCUGCCCCUAAACCCAAAUGCCCCAGCCCAGAGGAAUCAGACUCUUCAGACUCCGAGGACUGGUGGAAUCCCAGCCAGAUGGAGAAACUGCGGAGAGAGUUGGCAGCCUAUCUGUGUGGCUCCAGGAAAGAGGACCGAUCCCUCAGUCACAGGCCGAGCCCAGGGGUGGCUUCUCAGGGAAAGGAGGACAAGAAGGGCCCCGACCUGCCAGAAAAGGAACCCCUCACAAGCGUGCCAGACACGGAGGCUCCUCAAAGUGUUCCCCAAAAGGACAGCCCUCACAGCAAUGGUCUCCCAGAGAAGGAGGCUGCUGCCAGCUUGACCCUGCCCCCAGUGGACUACACCCCUCAAGACUCUCAGACCGCCAGUGUCCAGCAGAUCCGGAAGGAGCUAGAAGCCCGACUUUCCUUGCAGACAGAGAAGGAAGCCAAGCCCAGUUUAGGGUCUUUGCCACCCAAACCCCUCCUAGAAGGAAACAGGAUUUUUGAAAAUGGGGCUGGCAAUGCCAAAUACACCAAGCCUGUGGGCAAGAAUCUGCCAACAGCAUCCAGACCACCCCUGCCAACCAAGCCCAAGCCCACACCUGGGCCAGCCAUACCACCUAAGCCCACCCCUGGAUCAGUCACACCACCUAAGGCCACUAAGCCAGCGAAAGCAGUUGAAGCCAGCCCUGGGUCAGUCACACCGCUCAAGGCCACCACUGAGCCAGCCACACCACCUAAAGCUGCUCCUGGACCUGCCACACCUCCCACAGCCACAACUCGGCCAGCUGGGCAUGAGGACAACCCAGCAGAAUCUCAAGAACCUGCAGUACACUCGCAGCCAGAGGCAAAAGGGCCCCCCUCAGAGCCCAGUAAGCUGCUUACACAGGGAGUCACUUCAUCUCCAGGCCUCCCACGAAAGAAAUCCUCUAUCCACGAAGAGGCACCGUAUCUCUAUAAGCCCCAUAGCAGCCAAAAUGGCAUGAGUGGGGCCAGAAGAGAGACUGCGGGGUCACAGGAGCCUGUGGAAGUGAAAGAGCCCCAAAGCCUGCCUUCCAAGACCCCUGUCUCAACCUCAACCACUGAUGAACUCCUCAGGCAUCCAGUGACCGGGGAGGUGGUGGAGCGCGGCUCUCCAAUGGCCUUGCUCCUUGCUGCCCGGCAGAGGGCGCAGAAGGGCAGGCCCGGAGGGGCAGCCCCUGGGCGGUCCUCCCUGCCAGGCAGUCUGCGGCUCCACGGUGGACUCCCUGACGCAGGCUCGGGGAGCAUCACCUACAAAGACAGCCAGCUUAACUCCUUCACCGUGGUCCCCAAGCCAUCCAAGGAGAUCAGAAAGGAACCUCAGUUGGACUUUUCAGCCCAGCCCGCGGUACCCAGUCCGUGGAAGCCACAGCAGCUCUGCAGAGACGCGGAGGGUACAGAGCCAAGCCGCUGGUACAGGUGGACCAAGGCAGAGCCCCAGGCGCCGGUGCCCUGGGGAAAAUCUGCCCCUUCCAACCUCCCGCACGGCCGCCCGCUGUCCAAGUCCUCCCCUUCUUCGCCUUCCCUCAAGACGGAAGAGGAGUUCAGCUUUGAGGUCAUCCCACCGCCGCCAGAGUUCAGCAAUGACCCUGAACCCCCGGCCCCGGACCUUCAGUAUCCUGGACACCGGGGCUCCCCGCCCCGGAACAACUUUUCGGACCUGGGGAAGCCCCUGGACGCGGGCCCUGCCACCUCCCGAGUUCAGGGCUUCUCCAGCUUUCCCACGAGCGCAGACCACCCGGGGACCGGAGGCCUGGAGCGCUUCUCGGCGGGCGGCCGAUCGCUCAUCAAGAAACGCCUGUACGUUGGAGAGCCGCGCCCCAGCCCCGGGCCGCCUUGCGGGGGUACCAGCCGCAGCCUGAGCUCCCCCAACUGUUUUGGGCCCCAGCCAGGAGGACCCUUCGGAGCAGUUGGAGGCCCAGAGAUGCGACGCGUCAACUCGGUGGGCCGGGGUCUCCCCGGCGGCUUGCAGACGCGGAGAAUGUCCUUGGAGGGAUCCCGGGGAGGACAGUUCGCGGGCGGCGCGGGGGACACCAAGUACAAAUCACCCAGCGCGGACUACGGCUUCGUCCCUGCUGCCAGCAGGUCUCCCCACAGUGGGCCUCACUAUGGCAGCCCUGUCAACACUUUCACGGUGAGACCAGGCACCCACCAUCCUAUCUCCUAUGCCUACUCCGGGGCCCAUCGGAAAGCUACGUCCUGA